AUGGAUUCGAUAUCCUCGCGUUUCCGGCGCACUAAGAGGGCUUCUCCUACGACUCCCCCCGCUGGAAUCCUAUCUGGAUCACCUCCCGACAAAUCAUCGUCCGAAAGCAAACUUGGCCCUGUGGGCUGCCGUGAACCACCGCCGACUUUGACAAUUCCAACCAACCAUGCUUCUCGGAAUGAUCUACCUUCAAAAUCACCUUUUCGUCGAGGUUUCCAUUUUCGACAUUCGCAUAAGCGCGCCCGAUCCCCCACUCCGGCUUCGUUACCUAUGUCUGCUUCACCCGCCAUAGCUAGUCAGGAUAGCGCAGUCGAACUUGGUAGAUCAACACCAGUUAGUGGUAUUGAAGAUAAAAGUGAGAAGGAGAUGAUCAAGGAAACCCCCAAACCCAGGAUUCCAGCCUUCCUGUGUCAGUCCCAGCAAGAUAUCGAGGCUAAGUUCCACGAUCUUAACUGGACGGAGCGUUUUCGACUCCAGGAGUCCUUGCACAACCCAUCCCCGAAUUUCAAAUUUGCACGCGUUACGACACCCGAGACUAAGAUUCUCGACCGGUACGCGAACAUCCAACCAUGGGCCAAUAACCGCGUCAAGCUACAGGUGCCAGACGGUCAGCUCGAUUAUAUCAAUGCGUCGCCCAUUACUCUUCGUUCCCUUCUAGAUCCUCAGUCCAAGCCGCCGCAUCAUUACAUCGCCAUGCAAGGACCCAAAUCCGGGACUAUGGAUCAUGUUUGGCGAAUGGUAGUGGAGCAGCUACAAAGCCCAGCUGUAAUUGUGAUGCUGACCGAGACGCACGAGGGUGGAAUGGAGAAGUGCUACCCAUAUUUUCCUCGGUUCGUCGAGGAAGAGCCAUGGGUAAUAGGCGAGGACGACGAAUUCGGAGACGGUUUCCAUGCCGAGAUCAAGUGUGUUGAUAUCGAAGAGCACGCGAACGGUGCAAUUGAGGUUCGAAAACUCAGUAUUCACGUCGAGGACCGGGAGGAUGAUAUGAUUGUGUGGCACCUGCUUUACCGCAAGUGGCCCGACUUCGGUGUCCCGGCUCUUGAGGAUAUUGACAGCUUUUUCGAGCUCAUGCGCCUUUCACGAGAGAAAAAUGCGAGCGAGGACAACCCACGAAUUAUCCACUGUUCGGCGGGUGUAGGAAGAAGCGGAACAUUCAUGGCCCUUGAGCAUCUCAUGCGAGAGAUAGAUUCAGGCGAUGUGGAUCGUCUUGAGAUGAAUGCCACCAGGGGUGGGGAGGAUAUAGUCUAUAAGACGGUCGACGCGCUCAGGGAGCAGCGCAAGCAGAUGGUCCAAGCCGAGUCUCAGUACCUAUUCAUUUAUCAGGUGCUGCGCAAGCUCUGGCUAGACAAGCAUGGGCUUACCGAGCAAGAUAUCCGGGAGGAGCCCGCAGCUAAGAGGUUGGAGGUUGAUUUCGAUCCUUUUCUUGAUGAUUGA